GAUAUAUCUAACCUCCACUACGCCCUCUAUAGGGUACACUACGCCCUCUAUAGGGUACACUACGCCCUCUAUAGGGUACACUACGCCCUCUAUAGGGUACACUAUGCCCUCUACAGGGUACACUAUGCCCUCUACAGGGUACACUACGCCCUCUAUAGGGUACACUACGCCCUCUAUAGGGUACACAAGCCCUCUAUAGGGUACACUAUGCCCUCUAUAGGGUACACUAUGCCCUCUACAGGGUACACUACGCCCUCUAUAGGGUACACUACGCCCUCUAUAGGGUACACUACGCCCUCUAUAGGGUACACUACGCCCUCUAUAGGGUACACUACGCCCUCUAUAGGGUACACUACGCCCUCUAUAGGGUACACUAUGCCCUCUAUAGGGUACACUACGCCAUCUAUAGGGUACACUACGCCCCUCUAUAGGGUACACUACGUCCCUCUAUAGGGUACACUACGCCAUCUAUAGGGUACACUACGCCCUCUAUAGGGUACACUACGCCCUCUAUAGGGUACACUACGCCCUCUAUAGGGUACACUAUGCCCUCUAUAGGGUACACUACGCCCUCUAUAGGGUACACUACGCCCUCUAUAGGCUACACUACGCCCUCUAUAGGGUACACUACGCCAUCUAUAGGGUACACUACGCCUUCUAUAGGGUACACUACGCCCUCUAUAGGGUACACUACGCCCUCUAUAGGUACACUACGCCCUCUAUAGGGUACACUACGCCCUCUAUAGGGUACCACUACGCCCUCUAUAGGGUACACUACGCCCUCUAUAGGGUACACAAACGCCCUCUAUAGGGUACACUACGCCCUCUAUAGGGUACACUACGCCCUCUAUAGGGUACACUACGCCCUCUAUAGGGUACACUACGCCCUCUAUAGGGUACACUACGAAAUCUAUAGGGUACACUACGCCCUCUAUAGGGUACACUACGCCUCUAUAGGGUAACAAGCCCUCUAUAGGCUACACAAGCCCUCUAUAGGGUACACUACGCCAUCUAUAGGGUACACUACGCCUUCUAUAGGGUACACUACGCCCUCUAUAGGCUACAACACGCCCUCUAU